AUGCUCAGCGUCGGCCUCGGCCUCCAGGCACCGGCUCCGCUCCAAGAUCCCCACAGCCGCGUAUGGUUCCCUACGCCCCCACCUCGAGUAAACCUCCGGCGCCCACCCCCCUUUGUCAAACGCCUGUGUACCAUCAUCGGCGGCCACCUCCAGCCCCUCCCCAACAUCGCCGACAAGUACGCUCAGCGACGGGCAGCUCUAUGUGCCGCACUCGAAAUACCAUACAACCCCGACGCGUGA